AUGUCUUGGGACGAUGGAUCACACGCGAAGGUGAAGAAAGUGCAGCUUACGUUCGAUGAGAUCAUUUACUCAAUCCAGGUCACGUACGACGGAUCCCUUCAAUCCCAGCUUCGCGGCUCCGUUGGUCCCAAAAACGCUGAGUUCACUUUGGCUUCAGACGAGUACAUAACUGCCCUUUCUGCUUACGGCAAAACGUUGACCUCCCAAGAAGUUAUAGCAGCGUUGACUUUCACUACCAACAAGACGACUUAUGGACCGUACGGAACCAAAUCCGGUUACCAGAUUUCUGCUCCUGAGGCUACCGGUAAACAGAUCUCCGGUUUUCUUGGUAGCAGUGGCAACGUUCUCAACUCCAUCGACGUUCACUACGCUCCAAAGCCCGGCAGUGGAACAGGAACCGGAACCGGAACUGGCACUGGCACUGGUACAGGAACCGGAACCGGCACUGGUACAGGAACCGGAACCGGAACCGGAACUGGCACUGGCACUGGUACAGGAACCGGAACCGGAACUGGCACUGGCACUGGUACAGGAACGGGAACCGGAACUGGCACAGGAACCGGAACUGUGGCCCAAAAACUGGAAGCACAAGGUGGCACCGGAGGCACAGCAUGGAACGAUGGAUCCGAUCAAGACGGCGUGACAAAGAUAUACGUAAGAUCUGGUGAUAAGGGCAUUCAGUCAGUCAAGUUCAACUAUGUGAAAGCCGGACAAGCAAAACUAGGAGCUCUCCACGGUGUGGAUGAUAGAAGAGGUUCAACGAAAGAGAUUGUGAUCAACCAUCCAGAUGAGUAUCUGAUUUCCGUUGAGGGUUGGUAUGAUUCCUCCAAUGUCAUUCAGGGAAUCCAAUUCAAAUCCAACAAGAAGACUUCUGAUUACAUCGGCUAUGACUUUGAUGGUACUGGUCCUAAAUUUACUCUCCAAGUUCAAGACAAGAAGAUCAUUGGGUUUCAUGGUUCUGCCGGCACCUAUCUCAAUUCCAUUGGAGCUUAUUUCGUUCCAUUAGCCUCCACCUCCACUCCAGCUCCUGCCCCUGCGAAGAAGUUAGAAGCCAAGGGUGGUGCAACAGGAGUUGUGUGGGACGAUGGUCAUUACGACGAUGUUAAAAAAGUAUAUGUUGGACAAGGCCAAGAUGCUAUUGGAGCUGUCAAGUUUGAGUACGUAACUGGUUCCAAAGUAACCACGUUGGAACAUGGAAAGUCAACUUUGCUUGGAUACGAGGAGUUUGCGCUUGAAUCAGGUGAAUACAUAACAUCCGUGGAAGGCACCUACGACAAAAUCUUUGGGACUGACAGUGAUGUUGUAACGAUGCUCAUUUUCAAGACUAACAAGAACAGAACAUCUGACCCGUUUGGGCUUGAAGGUAGCACAAAGUUCGUUUUCAAGGAGGAAGGUUACAAGAUUGCCGGGUUCCAUGGACGAGCUGGCCAGACUACUAUUCAUGCUAUUGGAGUUUAUGUAGCUCCAGUAGGCACCACCCCCUUGAAUCCUGCACAACCAACCAACUGA